GUUCAAGGUAAUUUUAAUCAAGAAAUAUUUCCAAAUGACCUGCCUAGAAGCCUGCGAUACUUGUCAUUUGGAGAUACUUACAAUAAAAUAAUUAAAGAACGAAUACUUCCUGAUGGCCUUACAUCACUCUCUUUUGGAAGACAGUAUAAUCAAUAUUUUCCAAAUGGAGUGCUUCCAAACUCAUUGACCAGUUUGAUAUUAGGUCAUCAUUAUAUGGAGUACUUUCAACUUGGAUGUUUACCCAAUUCGCUCACUCAUCUCCAGAUUCAUGGUAGUUUCCAAGCUGGUUUCAUAGAGGGUGUCCUUCCUCAAUCACUUAGGACUUUGUUGUUGCCUCACUUGUACAAAAAACAGAUAUUGCCUGGUGUACUCCCGAAAUCAAUCACCAAUCUCAAGUUUGGCGGGAACAUGUCCUCUCUAUUUUGGCAAUGCAUACCAAUUGCACCAGGCACUCUUCCUCAAUCACUUACCAAACUCUCUAUGACCUAUGGAUGUGAAUUGGAACCAAAGUCGUUGCCGUCGACCUUAAAACACCUGACCAUCACACUCAGAUCGUCAUUCGUACAUGAUUUGGGACCAUGGUUAAAGAAGAACUGCUUAAACAUUGGUCCAGCACUCAUCUCCAGGCUAUGGACUCUGACCAUCAAUCACAAGAAACUCAAUGUAAUUGUAGGCGCCGAAACAAAACUUCUCAUGAAUGAAGCCAAAUCAUUUCUAGCUGAAUACCCAGACUAUGCGGAUACAUACCAUCUACGACAACUGGUCGUUGGUCAUGGUAUUAAAAAUGUCAGUCUACGUCCACUGGACCAGAAAGUUGCCAUCUUCAGAUUGGUCCACAGUCACCAUUAUGGAUACUAUGAAGACGGACCAAAUGAUGUUACCAUUGGCUUCUUGGCAAUU